UAGAGUUUCGGUUUUACUGCUGUGAACAAGCAACUCAACGGACAACAUGAAACUCUUCCUGGUCGCCUUCGCCGUGAUCGCAGCCGUGGCUGCCGAUGUCAGCCACCUGCCCUCCAACGAGUACCUGCCUCCCGUCCAGGAGCAGCAGAUCAUCGCUGGCCCCAGCAACGAGUACCUGCCCCCCGUGGAGGCUGAGGCUGCCCCCGCCCACGAGCUGGCCGAUGAUGGCUACCGUUACAAGACCCACAAGCGUGUGGUUGUCCGUCGUCACCGUCGUGAUGUGAACGAGCUGUCCAACGAGUACCUGCCCCCUGUCCAGGAGGCCGUUGCUCCCUCCAACGAGUACCUCGCUCCAGUUGAGGCAGCUCAAGAGACCGUCCUCGCCGAUGAUGGUUACCGUUACAAGACCCACAAGCGCGUGGUUAUCCGCCGCCACCGUCGCGACGUGAACGAGCUGUCCAACGAGUACUUGCCCCCGGUCCUGGCUGCCGCUCCCACCAACGAGUACUUGCCCCCAGUUGAGGCUGAGGCUGAGCCCGCCCACGAGCUGGCUGAUGAUGGCUACCGCUACAAGACCCACCGUCGUGUUGUGCUCCGUCGCCACCGUCGUGAUGUGAACGAGCUGUCCAACGAGUACCUGCCCCCUGUCCAGGAGGCCGUUGCUCCUUCCAACGAGUACUUGGCUCCAGUUGAGGCUGCUCCCGAGACCGUCUUGGCCGAUGAUGGCUACCGUUACAAGACCCACAAGCGCGUGGUUGUCCGCCGUCACCGUCGUGAUGUCAACGAGCUGCCCUCCAACGAGUACCUGCCCCCUGUCCAGGUCGCUUCUCCUUCCAACGAGUACUUGGCUCCCGUUGAGGCUGCUCCCGAGACCGUCUUGGCCGAUGAUGGCUACCGUUACAAGACCCACAAGCGCGUGGUCCUCCGCCGCCACCGUCGUGAUGUGAGCCACCUGCCCUCCAACGAGUACCUUCCCCCUGUCCAGGCCGCCGCUCCAUCCAACGAGUACCUGCCCCCAGUCCAGGUUGCUGCCCCAGCUCCCGCUCCCGUCCAGAUCGCCGCCCCCGUCCAGCUGGCCGCUCCCGUCGAGGUUGAGGCCGAGCCCGCCCAUGAGUUGGCUGAUGACGGCUACCGCUACAAGACCCACCGUCGCGUGGUCUACCGUCGCCACCGUCGUGACGUGAACGAGCUGUCCAACGAAUACCUGCCCCCUGUUCAGGAAGUCGCUGCUCCUUCCAACGAGUACCUGGCUCCCGUUGAGGCCCCUGAGACCGUUCUCGCUGAUGAUGGCUACCGUUACAAGACCCACAAGCGUGUGGUUGUCCGUCGUCACCGUCGUGAUGUGAACGAGCUGUCCAACGAGUACCUGCCCCCUGUCCAGGAGGCCGUUGCUCCUUCCAACGAGUACCUGGCUCCAGUUGAGGCUGCUCCCGAGACCGUCUUGGCCGAUGAUGGCUACCGUUACAAGACCCACAAGCGCGUGGUUGUCCGUCGCCACCGUCGUGAUGUGAACGAGCUGUCCAACGAGUACCUGCCCCCCGUGCACGAGGCUCCCGCCGCCGAGUACCUGGCCCCCGUGGAGAACACCGUCGAGGUGGCUCCCGCCCAUGUCCUGGCUGAUGAUGGCUACCGUUACAAGACCCAGAAGCGCGUUGUGAUCCGCCGCCACUAAAUCAUCCGAUUACGGCUUCACUAGGUGAUCGAUUUGUACUCAUUUUGGAGUGCAGGCCUUACUAUUAGAAUACCUCCUUUUCAUUCAACAAAUACAAUAAUACGAUAACGAAUCCAUAAAA